GUGGCCGCUCGCGCGCGCUCUCCGCCGCUGAUGUCGGCGGCUGUGACUCGCCACGGAGGAAACCGCCCGCGCUGGUGUCGGCGACGAUCUGUCUUGUGCCGCGCGCUCGCGUCUGACACGGGCGAAGGCCAUGGCCGUGUUGUGUCUGCGCCGGGUGCUCGGACAAGCGUCCUAGCGCGCCGGCCGCCGUUGUCGUGCGUCGCGCCGCGCUGUCAAAGGCGGGAACGCGCGCGCGCGAGUGUUGCGUUGCGGAGUCGACUCGGAUAGCGCGUGCUCGCGGUGGUGUCCGUGUGUCGCGCGUCCGUCCGGUCGUCCUAUAGGGCUGGUGGACGUGCCGACCACAAAGGCGAACGCCCUCCGCUGUGACAGUUCUGCGGACCUUGAGGCCUCCUCGUCGCUGACACUGUCGUGUCAGCCCAGCGUCGUCCUCUCCGCAGUCAGAAAAGCGACAGACGAGAGAAAGGCCCGUGGCGAGAGCGGUUGGCGAAACGCCAUCUGGCGCUGACCGAGGGUCGCCAUGGGCAACCACGUGAUCGUGACGUCGCGCACCUUGCUGUGGACCCUGCUGACGGUGGCCACCUCGCUGUCCAUGCUGGCGGCCGUCAUUACGCCAACCUGGCUGGUGGGCGCCCCCAAGCGGCCGCUCAUCCGGGGACGGCUCUCCGGCGCCACCAUGCGGCCGCCGCAACUCUACAGGCCGUCCAUCGGCCUGUACAACAGGUGCGUGAAGCUGCACCAGAUCGACGAGCUGUUCACGGACAACUGCGCUCCGUUCGUGACGUCACUGUCGAUGCCAUCGGACGAGUUCCCGAGUCCGUGGAAGGCGUCGCUGGCGUUCUUCGCCAUCGGCCUCGUGCUGAUGGCGAUGACCGUGCUGUCCGCCGUGCUCGGAUGCUGCGUCCAGAGCGUGCUCAAGAAGAGCAUCUUCACCGUUUCCGGCACUGUGCAGGCCGUCGCUGGAUUGAUGUUCCUGCUUGGGCUGCUGCUGUAUCCAGCUGGCUGGGGCACUCGGAGAGUGCACACAGUGUGCGGGCCACACUCGGAGCCCUUCAUGCUGGGAGGCUGCUCUUUAGGCUGGGCUUUCUACCUGGCCAUUGGAUCGACGCUCGUCACAUUUGUCUGUUCGGUGCUGUCUGUCCAAGCUGAGGUUUCCACGUCGAGCGACAAAGUGCAGGACGAAAUCCUCGAAGGGAAAAACCUCAUCUGCUUGCUGUAGCUGCGCUGCCAGCACCAGUCCAUCCCAGUCGCACGUCCCCCUUGCCGCACUGACAGCUUUCGCUAGGAAUCUGUGAACGGACUGCACCGUCCCAUUUGUGGCCAACUAUCAUUUGCUGGUACCUACUCUGUUUGGAAGUGAAUGUUCUGGUUAUUUUUCCCUUUUUUUUUACUUAAUAGCUGGAGCUCGCAUAUUAAGUUGUCGCUUGUGGGCAUGUCAUAUCUAUCUUGUGGUGCUUUCACCGCCAUGACAGUGCUUUACAAACUAACAUUGCAGUCAACUCUAUCCAAAAGACACCUUCUUAUUGUGCAGUUGGUAACCACUGUGCUUCCUGCCGUGCAUGCUUUGCCUUCAGGUGCAACCUCACAGCAGUGCAGAUAUCAAUGCCAUGAAUUUGCAGCCAAAGUCAAUAUAUGCAUAUAACCGAUGACCCCACUUGGCAGUCAAUAAAAAUUGAAUUUUCAGCGCAAAAAUACUGCAUACGCUGUCUGCAGGUAGUAAUUUGGUAAAAACGCCAAAAACACCGCUGUGCAAAAUGCUGUUGUUUAUACUCAUGCAGUGUCAUUGAUUUAGUCAUUGAUUUCACUUUUUUUGUGUGUGUAUGUGUGCUGCAACUGAGUAUUUUGUGGCUGUGGCAACUGAUAACUUACUGCGACGGGACAUUUUUUAAAAACUGUGCUAGACUGUGUUUUUGGGAGUGCAUAUAUUGAUUUUGUUGCUAUCACUAGCUCUACCUGUCACGAGGUGGGUUUUUCGUACCUGCUCUGGAUGUAUCAAUUAGAUUUUUUUGUAGCUAGGAACCAGAAGAUGUCACUGCGAUGCCUAUCUGCCUAUGUUAGACGUUUGAAAAAAAAAAAGUGGGAAUUGGAACCUUUGCACACUAUACAUGCAGUUAACUUUGCAUUUCAUCUUCAGCAGCUAAUGUUACAAUGCAUUUUUUUUUUUGUUAUCAACAUAAUGCCAAAAAGAAUGACUGCAGUACGAGGAUGUUGAUUAGUGUUCGUUGUGAUAGUUCUGUGUCGUCUAAACAUCCGCAGAGCAUUGUGGCUCUCACAACUUGUUUGAUUGAAGCAAUUGUUUUAUGUUAAUAGAAUGUUUCCUGUACUCCAGUUUAGUAUGCGAGUGAACCCAAGGGUGCAGCAGCAUUACUUGUAUUUUAUGAAAAUGCUUUUAGCAUUGACACACGUGAAAGUGCAAGAUCUUAUUAAGCAUUCUAUGUGAUGCUUCUUGCAGAAUGUGCGCAUUCAAGAAAUUGUUGACUCUGGUGUUUCUAAGUGCAAUCAAAUUGCUUUCUUGUGGGCAUGGGAAGCACAUAUCAUAUAGAGACCUUCGCAUAAGCCUGUGCUGAUGGCAAUGCAGUAGCGAGGAAUGUUUUAAGUCCUGAAUGAAAGAGUGUAUGCAGCUUCUUGCUUUCUUAAGCACAUCUUCCCAGUCACUCAGGUCCUCCUUUCACGUUGACAUUUUAAAAGUCUAACUGCGCGCAAGCUGUUUCAAACGUGGUCGUGAAGUGAUGCGACUGCUUUAAGCGACUGCAGCAACAUUGUACAAGGUCUUCCAGAUCUAAGCUCUGAAGCAAACAGCUGUCAGCAUCGUGCCGAAGAACAAAUUUAUUACUAAUUUUGCAUCUUGUUCUGCACCUCGCACCUGUUGAAUGAGUGUUAGUUUUCAAUACACAUUGUUGAAAGAAAGAAAAAUGUAUAAUGGAUGACCACAUCGAAAUUGCCAAGGUCAGACUGUAAGUGUACUGCAUGCAUAGGAGUUUGGCGAUGCGGCCUCAGAUCUGUUCCUGUACACCUCGACUUGCAUGUGAACAUCUGCGUACAUGCCAACGGUGUCUUUUCUAAGAGUACCGGCACAAGAUUCCUUUUGAAUUCUUUUCUUUCUCUGUAGCUAUAUACAUAAUCGUUUGUCAACACAGUGAUAACGCUAAAUAGCCUGAAUUCCUCCUGCAGGCAAUAAAAAAAUCUGAUUUAUCA